UUUUCGAUUGUCCUGAGGUUGAGCAUGUCGGUCAAGCAGAAGCUCGCGUACCAGAAGGAGAAGAUCUUCGCGAACCGCGAUUACGGCUCCAUGCGACUUGACAUCAACGACCCGAGCGUGCAUUGGGAUUACACCAUCGCGUUCAAGACGACCAAUGCCGAAGGGAAGCAACCUCCGAUCUCCAUGGAAGACAUCCUCCGGCGCUUGCACGCCCAAGGGUUGCAGUUCCGCUUGUACUACUCGUCUACCCGCGACAUUGUUUUCUGCGAAAUCCGUUGCCACUAUCAGCGCUUGAAGAUCGAAGCCGAUCGCAUCGACAUGCCCGUGUUGCUGGAACCGUCGGAAUUGCAAGCGACGGCCGAGCGUGGUUUCGAGGACUUGGGCAUCAACCCGUUCCCCAUCUCGGACGUGAAGAAGAUCUACGACUUUGCACCGUACGAAUACAUCCACGCGUCGUUCGAAGACGACGACGACAAGCAGUACUUGUUUGCCAAGCGCAACUUGGACGGGACGGUUUUUUCCCCUGUGAAGCGCAUGAAAUUGAUUGAAAGCAUCAUCAUCUCCAAGGAGUGCUGCGACUUGGACUUGGACAAGUUGAUCUUGAACGGAUCGAUUUUGGCGUGCUAUCCUCUGCAUAACGACGAAGAAGUGAAAAUCCUCGCACGCGACUGGAUUCCCGCCUUCCGCAUGCCGUGGAAUCAACCCUUCGACAACAUCCGCGAAUAUUUUGGGGAACGCAUCGCAUUCUACUUUGUGUACUUGGGCCACUACACGACAUUUAUGUUGUACGCCGCGAUCUUCGGCGUGCUUGUGUUUACCGCACAACUGUUUAUCAAGGACACCCGCACGACGCUUGCUUCGGGAGAAGUGCUCGUCGUGUCGCACAUCCCGUACUUGGUCCCUGCGUUUGGUUUGUUCAUGUGCAUAUGGUCCACCUUAUUUUUGGAAACGUGGAAGCGCGAACAAAACGUGUGGGCGAUGAAGUGGGGCAUGUCCGACCUGGCCGACGACGAGAACACUCGUCCUCAGUUCACUGGCGAGCCCUUCGCGAGCCCCAUCAACGGCGUCACAUCCCUCUACUUCCCCCCCACGAAGAAGUACACGCGCGUGGCCAUGUCUUGGAGCGUGCUGCUCUUGUUGAUCUCGAUUGUGUUCCUCUUGGUCGGGGGUAUUUUCCGCCUGCGGUACGUCUGGACGCACGACGCCGCGUUGAAGCUGCCUGGCGUGUUGUCGCACAUCCCCGUGGGGUCGGUCUUGGCGUCAGUGGCGAACGUGGUUCAAAUCACGAUCAUGGGCAAGAUCUACUACAAGACGUUUUACUCGUUCAACGAGUACGAGAACCACGAGACCGACUCGCAGUACGAAGCGUCGCUCGUGGUCAAGACGUUCGUGUUCAACUUCGUCAACAACUUUGCCGCGUUGUUCUACACAGCGUUCUUGAAGGAGUCCUUCGAAGGCGAGUGCAAGGACAGCGACUGCCUCGGCGAACUCGCGUACUGCUUGGCCCUUGUGUUUGGCAUCCAACUGGUCGUGGGCAACGUGCGUGAGAUUCUGCUUCCCCGCAUCUUUGCAUGGUUGAACAAGCGCAGCAUCGUCAAGGGUCACGCCGUGACUGAAGCCCUCUCGGACGCGGAAAAGCAGUUUUAUCUCUCGACGUACGAAUGGAGCGGCACGUUCGACGACUACACGGAGAUGAUCACCCAAUUCGGGUACUGCUCGUUGUUCGUGGUGUCAUUUCCGCUCACGCCCGUGUUGGCGUUGGUCAACAACUACAUUGAAAUCCGCGUCGACGGGUUCCGCCUCUUGUUUGAGAACCGCCGGUCGCGUCCUCGCAGCGCCGGUAGCAUCGGCAUGUGGCUUCAAAUCGUCGAGUGGUGCACCACCAUCGCCAUCUUCACCAACGCGUACGUGGUCGUGUGGACGUCCAACACGUUCGAUUUCCUCAAGGACACGGCCCUGUUCACAGACCCUGACGUCCUCGACGAGUACGCCAAGGCACAGCAGGCCAUUGCCAUCGACGAGUACGCCAAGGUGCAAAAGCUCAUUGCGUUCGUCACGUUUGUCGCCGUCAUGAUGGUCAUCCGAUUCUUCCUCUCCCAAGUCAUCCCGGACGUACCGGCGUCCGUGUCGGCCCAGCUCAAGCGCCAGCAGUUUUUCAACAACAAGGCCAUCUUCCGCUUGCCCGACGACGUCGUGAGCAAGUUCGUGGCCAACAAGGAGGACACGUUCGACAUGACUAUUAACGACAACUAAACACCCACGCAUUGCUGUCACGAUGUAAAUAAUACUAAGUCAAUAUGUGGACUGAUUAUUAUUGUGGA